AUGCCAGAGCCAGCCCCGCUCGGCGGGGACAGGAGAGCGGCGGAGAAGAAGCGGGUGGAGAAGGUGGGAGCCAAGGGCAGCGCUGCCGGGCCUCCAGUCCCCAGGAGCCUUCCCGUGCAGAGCAAGGUGGAGCCGCCCAGCCUGGACCCUGCUGAGGAGCCGCUGCUCUGGGAAGGGCUCACCCUCAACAAGUGCAUCCUGGUGGCCUCCGUCGUCGCCUUGCUCAGCGUCACCUUCCAGGUGCUCCAAGCGCCGUGCUCCAAGGAGGGGCUCGCCCGCGGCCGGCAGGAACCUCCGCCCCCUCCCGUGCCCGAGGUCGUGAGCCCCAAGGCGGAGGAGAUCCCGGAGGUGGUGACUGCCCAGCCUGCGCCGCCACCGGACAGCGGCGCGGUGGAGGAUGAUGAUGAUGACGGUGACGAUUACGAUGACAGCGAAGCUGACAGCAACCUGGCAGAACCCUGGAUCUUCAAGAAGUGGUUUGGCCGCACAACACCAGAGGAUGAGGAAAAAGAUGAGGACAAGGGUGAGGACAAGGAUGAGGAUGAAGACAAGGAUGAAGAACCUGCAGAUGUCCCCGAGGUGCCAAUAGCUGUGAUGGAGGGGAAGAAGAGCCAGGAAAAGAAGGAGGAGGAAGAGGAGGAGGAGAAGGAGGAGGAGGAGGAAAAGGAGAAGAAGAAGAAGGAGGAGAAGAAGGAGAAAGCCCGGGAAGGCCGUGCUGUCCAUACGGAGCGAAGCAGCCGGAGGGAGGCACGAGCCAAGGACAGGACACCGGGGGACAAACCCGGCAGAGCCCCCAGGGCCCCCAGGGAACCGGAGCAGCAGCCCCAGAAAAAGCGGGACCGGGAGAGGAAGGAGAGGAAGGAGAGACGGCGGGAGCGGGAUGAGGCCAGGAGGGAGGGGUGGAAGGGCCGUCCCGGCAGGGCUGAGGGCGGCCGGGAGAGCCCGAGGCGGGACUGGAAGCAGCAGAAGGGCAGGAAGCCCUGGGAGCUGGCGCCGGGCAGGGACGGCAGGGCCAGGGAGGGCAAGAGGCGCGACUGAGGCCGGGGCGGGCGCGGGGCUCGGUGACGCCGGAUCCAGGGGAAUCCAAUCCCACCACGGCUCCCAGCAAGGGAUCCCCGCCCCCGCCUGCCCUCCAGAGACACCCCCGGGCACGGGCAGCCCCCCAGCAGCCCCGAGCAGCAGCAGAGCAGCCCAGGAGCCUCCCCGGGGGCUUUGGGCCCCCUGGAUCAAAGACGACCUGAAAGGACUCAUGGAAGGAGCUUCUUUGAGCCUCGUUACUUCCCCAUUCCCACCCAAAAUCCCCCCGCAGUUCAUCUCCGCUCGUGGCUCCGGGGCACUGCAGAGACCCCAGUGAACAGAGUUGUGUCCAGACUGUGCAGCUCUUGGGUUAAUGGUUUUAUUGAAAGCAAAUCAAGAGAGAAGACUAUUCUGGGUUAUGGAACCAGGCUGCAGCCGUCCUCAGAGGGACAUCAGGGACAGAACCCCUGACCGAGCCCAGAGCCCAGAGCCAUCGCUGCAGGGUGGCCCAGAACGAGCUGGUGACAGAGCAGGGCUGGAGCCCCUCACCCAGGGAUCCCUGCGGGCCUCAUCUUCUCCGAGUCGCUUUUAGGAAGGAAACACAAGAGCAAUAUCACACAGCCAGAGACGUUCACAGCCCCGACCCAUGGCAGGUUUCACUAUUUGCUAAAUCAACAAUGGUUAAAAUAAACUAUUUUCAUUUUUAAUAA